AAGUAAAAUAUCUAGCUUCCUCCAGACCGCCUUCCACAGUGUAAUGCCUCUCGCAGUUCAAAACGUUUACACUAUGUCCUACGCUUUGUGUAUUCAACUUACGAAAAAAGUGUAACUGACGCGACAUCAGUUACACUUUCUUCCUAAGUUGAAUACGGAAGGCGCUCUGGCGGAAGUUAGAUAUUUUAGAUUGUAACUUGUUAAAUAUGGAUAUUUUUCUUACAUAAACGCGUCGUUUCCUUUCAGAAGGCCUUUAUGAACUAAUCAUUUAAGCUGGCUUUUCCAAAAGAGGCUGUAACUUGUCAGAUCAUUAUACAGUCUGCAAAAUAUUCAAUGACUUUUCAAUGAAAUAAUCAACAUGAAGGCAAUUUCUUGACAGUAAGCUUCGUCUCACGCAACAGAACUGUUUUGGCACUAUUAGCAAUGUCUUAAACACUUAAUGUGAUAGGUAAGUGUGUAAUAAAGCGAUAUAUAAUCACAUAGGCUAACGUUACUUAUGUUUUGACGAUAUACCGUCUGAUACGAUGUUCUGUUGCUAUUACCUCCUCAGCCGAACGAAUGUUUUUUCAAACCCUUUGAAAUAUACUUAACACGUAAAAAGAAUAAAUACUUUUGAAUGUUUACUUCAGUUGAGAAAGCACAAAUCUUAAUUAGGAUCAGACCUUCUCAAACUCCCUCAUAAUUCGCACCCAUAUAGCUUCUAAUGGUGACUCAUGCCUGCCAUCUACAGCGAUGAGAGAAGCUGCAUGCAUCAUUUACUAAACGGAAUUGUUGUCGGCCAAAGCACAACACUUUAUAAAUCCUGAGUUUUCACUUCCUUGCUAGUUUUAAACAAGGUCUCCCCAAUAGACCAUGAUGUGAAUAUUAUUAAUAUUAAUAAAAGAAAUGAUUUCAAACCAGAUUCCUGCGCAUUCCUAAUCAAUAUCUUCGAAAUUAAGCGCAAUAUAUCACAAAAAGGCGGAGAUGUCACUCAACCGUGCCCGUAAAGGUGGGCGGACUGGAGUGUCCCCCCCUCUGCCAAUGGCAAAGCACCGACACAAGACCCGAAAUCCCUAAAAUCAGCCGUCAGCCCGCGGCGGGGAACACACUCUGAAUUAGCCCCUAUCGCGCAGGAGAUGACGGAUCGUGUCUCCGCGCCCGCAGCUCACGCACGGACCGCGGCGCGCCGAGCAGCAGCGUAACGUCACGACAAAACUUCAGAAGUUCGCUUUCUCCACGCGCUCUCUUCAAUGUCACCAUGCGCAGCAUCUCAUCCUGCGGUGCAUUGCUGUCAGUCUACUACCCCCAGAUCUUCCUCAUCCUCACCAGCGGCAGCUACCUGGCUUUGUCUUCAGUCGUGGCUUUGGGCGCGAACAUCAUCUGCAACAAGAUUCCCGGCCUGGCCCCCCGACAGCGUGCCAUCUGCCAGAGCCGCCCAGAUGCCAUCAUCGUCAUUGGAGAGGGCGCUCAGCUGGGCAUCAACGAGUGCCAGUAUCAGUUUCGCUACGGACGGUGGAACUGCUCUGCCCUUGGCGAGAGGACCGUCUUUGGGCAAGAGCUGAGAGUAGGUAGCAAGGAGGCUGCAUUUACCUACGCCAUCACGGCAGCAGGUGUUGCCCACGCUGUGACAGCAGCCUGUAGUCAGGGCAACCUGAGCCACUGUGGCUGUGAUAGAGAAAAGCAGGGCUAUCAUGACCAGGAGGAGGGCUGGAAAUGGGGCGGCUGUUCGGCAGACGUCAAAUAUGGAGUGGAGUUCUCAAGACGCUUUGUGGAUGCCAGAGAGAUUAAAAAAAAUGCAAGGAGACUAAUGAACCUGCACAAUAACGAAGCUGGAAGAAAGGUUCUAGAGGAAAGGAUGAAGCUGGAAUGUAAAUGUCAUGGCGUCUCCGGCUCAUGCACCACAAAAACCUGCUGGACGACUUUGCCGAAAUUCAGAGAGAUCGGCUACGUACUUAAGGAGCGUUAUACCACUGCGGUUGAGGUGGAGGCUGUGAGAGCCACGCGUUUUCGCCAACCCUCCUUCUUGCGUCUCAAGCAGUCCCGUGGGUACAUAAAACCCACCGACACAGACUUGGUUUACUUGGAGCGUUCACCCAACUAUUGCGAGGAAGACGCUGCGACGGGGAGCGCAGGAACGAGAGGGCGCCUGUGUAACCACACAUCUCCUCACACGGACGGCUGCAACCUGAUGUGCUGUGGCCGAGGCCACAACACCCACCAGUACACACGCGUAUGGCAGUGCAACUGCAAGUUCCAGUGGUGCUGCUUUGUUAAGUGCAACACCUGCAGCGAAAAGACAGAGGUGUUCACCUGUAAAUGAGCGAGUGGAAGAGUUGAAAAGACAAGGAAGAAAGGCAAGAAGCCAAUGGAGAGAAACAGGAAGUGUUUGAAAGAGAAAUGGAAGUGUCGAACAUAUACACGGCUUCGUUUUGCACAUCAGGCAGUCUUUAUGCAAGAAAGGCCAUUGCCGAGGGAGAUGGGGAUGAAUAAUGAAGAUGCUGGA